AUGAAAUUGAUAUCUUUGGUUGUUAUUCUUCUUCUCCAUCUCUUUGUUAGUAGUAAUAGUUUCCGUUUGGAUCUCUUAGACUAUGUGGCAAGCGGGUCAAGCAUACCGGACUGUUCGCACGCGUGUGGACCAUGUAGGCCAUGCAAGCUCGUUGUGGUCACUUCCAAGUGCUCUUCUGGCUCCGAGGCUUGCCCUCUCGUCUACAAGUGCUUGUGCAAUGGCAAAUUCUACCACGUGCCUUCCCUCGUCUAA